ACUUAUAAAUUCAAUUAUUUAAAUAUUAAUGAAAUAUAAUUGUUUUCGUGUUAUUUUCGCGUGUCUGUUGGUCCUGCUGCCUACUUCCUAUUGGUGGUGCGCUGCUGCAGACCGUGUUUUAUUGUGCAAUGAACAGUAAGUGAGGAGUUAAACCCCAAAACAGUCAUCGCGCUCUGUGCGAAACAUCAACCCAAACGUUUCCUUUUGCAGGGUCAAACCUAACUGGCCGCGGUUCGUUCAAGCAGCCAAGGUUACGGGUCAACUCGCCCUUAGGAUCUUCAUACCGUCAUGCGUGCGCAGAAAACACGCAGGACAGCGCCAAAAGACCAGGGCCAUCAACCUUCUCGACCUGUAAAUGCGGAAGAUGCAACAACCGAUGAUGUCGAGAAGCCCUCAGCUGAAUCCUGGGACUCAGACAGCACUGAUGAAGCGCGUAGUAGCGACCUUCACAAGAAACCAACCACAUGGAAGAGACGAAGAACGGAUGAGGAAAAGCAGCCUGGAUGGUGGCCGCAGCAGUAUGCGCCACGUAACAAAAAUAACCGGACUCUCCUUGCAGGAAUGAGAAGAAUGAUUCGAAUAUACAAGGAGGCGGGUCGCGACCCGAGAGAUAUGUGGGAUGAGAACAGCAAAGACGGGUGUAUGGUGAAGGCAGCCAAACAAACAAGGUUCGGAAGGCUUACGGCAGCCGUAUUCCAAACCGUUAAACCUCCCUUCCCUAUCACAAACCCCAAUAAGAAGGGAGCGGUAGGUGCUGCUAAGCGACAAGCGAUGUUAGAAGACAGGAGCGUCGCUGAAAGCAACUACUCUCCAUCUUAUCAAGACGAGAGUGAUGACAACGUUGACCCCCGUUCGCCAUCCAGUGUUAUUGAUGUCGACGACGAUGCGGCAUCUUUUCAGGCUGAAAUAUUAGCAGACUCCGUAAGGGGGACUAUAGCUCGCCUGAAUGACGAUUCUAUGCUUCGGAGUGACGAUAUAUCACGAUGUACAAAACUUCUUGAUCUUACUGAUGAAUGGCAUAUUUUUGACCCUGGGUAUCCGUCCGAGGGUUCAGUCCUCCAGCGCCUAGAGACCCGCGCAAACAACUUCGUUUUCUUUCUCAUUGCGAAAUGUCAUUGGUCGCUUUGUCAUCUGGAAAGAAAAAGCGGGCAACUGAAUCAUUUCAACUCGAUGAGACACACUGAGAUGCCGGUUAGUGGCCUUGUAUCGUGGGUAUCAGAACACCCGUCAAUCAAGCCUGCUUGUUCCGUCACCAUUCAUGAGAAGGACUGUCCUCAACAAGACGAUGGUUUUAAUUGUGGAAUCUUUGCACUGGCUUUCUUACAGUCACUAGUCAAUGGUGAAGAAAUCCCGGCGCAAGUCAAUGCCCGAGAACUUCGCACCUUUUUCGCUACGCAUAUUGAAGCUACUGGGCCAUCGGAACGCGAGAUUCCUGUCCAAAAGCUGUCAUCCCCAAAUCGUCAAAUAUCACUUGAACAGAUCAACCCUGUAACCCGCAGCGUCAGCCUGCCCGCGGAUUCCAGCAUUCCAUCAUCCUUCUUGACCGAGUCUCACAAGUUCUUGAAGACCUGGAAAAAGGAAAAAAGCCGAUUGGCAACAGCAACAACGACAUUUGAGCAGAAAGCCAUGGAGUUAUCAACCUUGGAGGAAAAUCUCACCUUUUAUCAACAAAGACUUCAGAAUGGCAAAGAAACAGUACAGGAACUACAAGAACAGAUCAAAGAGUCUGAGAAUACCGAGAUCCUUCAUAAGGACAUCCAGGAUUUAAUAGCAAAACUUCCCCCUGCUGAGGGUAAUAAUUUUCAGAGCAAAUGGCUAACUAAGCUGAGAUCAAGUGCUGAGAUCACAAAUGACUUGAUGUUGGCAGAAAGCAAGUCGCUGCCGAAGAAACUGAGCGACGCUGAAAGAGAGUACGAUGAAACUCGCGCGAAGAUAACGCAGCUAGAGAAACAAAUUCAACUACACAGAAAGGGCUUGGAGGUAAUAGGUAAGGAGAUUGAGAAGACAAAGCAGGACUUGACCUACGUAAGUGAGGAGUGUGCUCAGAUUGGGAGAUUAUAAGGUGUCAUAGGAUAAGAAUAGCGAUAGUAA